AUGGACACUGCCGCCAUCAGGGGCUUGCUCGCCGCGAGUCUGCUUCCCGAUGCGGACAACAGACGUCAUGCUGAGCUUCAACUCAAGCAGAUCGAAGAAGAGGUCGGCUUCCUCGUCUGCCUCCUCGACAUCCUCGAGGCGGAACAAGAUGCUAGUGUGCGUCUAUCCACAAUCAUCUAUCUCAAGAACCGCGUCAAUCGAUCAUGGUACACCACCGAGCCCGUCGCCGCCGGCAAAUUGAUACCCGAUGAGGAAAAGGAUCGCAUUCGAGACCGCCUCGUCCCUCUGCUCGCCACCUCCGAACCCCUCGUCCGCCAACAGCUCAUCCCCGUCAUCCAGCGCGUCCUCCAGGCCGAUUUCCCCAACCGGUGGCCCAGCUUUAUGAACUUCACCUCGGAGCUCCUCAACACCAACAAUACCUCCUCCGUCCUCGCCGGCCUCCAGUGCUUGCUCGCCAUCUGCCGUGCGUUCCGCUUCAAGUCCACCAAUAGCGAAGACAGACAGCAUUUUGACGGCAUCGUCGAUGCCAGCUUCCCCCGCCUGCUAGCCAUUUGCAACGAGCUUGUCAACCAGGAGAGCGACGAGGCUGGUGAGAUGCUUCACCUGGCCCUCAAGACGUACAAGCACGCGACAUGGCUCGAGCUCGCACCCGCCCUCCGCGUUCCCGAAACCAACAUUGCCUGGUGCACCGUUUUCCUCCAGACAGUUGCCAAGGCUGCUCCUGCUAGCGCCAUGCACGAGGAACCAACCGAGCGCGAACUUCAUCACUGGUGGAAGGCCAAGAAAUGGGCUUACUUUAACUUGAACCGUUUGUUUAUUCGACACGGCAACCCCGCGGUCCCAGGCAAGGAGAGCGACGCCAUUGCCUUUGCAAAGAACUUCAUCGCCAACAUUGCCCCCGAGAUCCUCAAGCAUUACCUCCACGAGAUUGAGAAGUGGGUGGCCAAGACCUCCUGGCUUAGCCGACCCUGUCUUUCCUACACUCUCAUCUUCCUCGACGAGGCUGUCGGCCCCAAGGAGAUGUGGCCGCACCUCAAGCCGCACCUGACAAACCUCGUCACCCACUUCGUCUUCCCUGUCCUUUGCCUGACCGAAGACGAUCUCGAGAAAUUCGAAGAAGAACCCGAAGAGUACCUGCAUCGGAAACUCACGUACUUUGAGGAAGCCUCCGCCCCUGACGUGGCCGCAACCAACUUCCUUGUCAACCUCACCAAGCAGCGCCGCAAGGAGACCUUUGAGAUUCUCAAAUUUGUCAACGCUGUCGUCAACGAGUACGAGGAAGCUGCUCCCGAAGCCAAGAAUCACGUCGCCAAAGAAGGUGCCCUGCGCAUGAUAGGCACUCUUGCUCCCGUCAUUCUCGGCAAAAAGAGCCCCAUCGCCGACCAGAUUGAAUACUUCCUCGUCCGAUACGUCUUCCCCGACUUCAAGAGCCCCCAGGGUUACCUCCGUGCCCGUGCUUGCGAUACCAUUGAAAAGUUUGAGCAGCUCGACUUCCAGAAUCAGAACAACCUGCUCACCAUUUAUCGCCACAUCCUCGACGGCAUGGCUGAUGAAGCCCUCCCCGUUCGUAUCACCGCUGCUCUCGCUCUGCAGCCCCUCAUCCGCCACGACGUUAUUCGCCAGCAUAUGAAGCAGAGCAUUCCCACCAUCAUGCAACAACUCUUGAAGCUCGCCAACGAGGCCGAUAUCGAUGCGCUCGCCAAUGUCAUGGAGGACUUUGUCGAGGUCUUUGCCACUGAAUUGACUCCAUUUGCUGUUGCUCUGUGCGAACAACUCAGAGACACAUAUCUGCGAAUUGUUCGCGAGCUCCUUGAGAAGGAAAGCAGGGCUGGCGAGGAUGACGAACUAUACAUUGCCUACGAUGAUAAGAGCAUCACUGCUCUCGGCGUACUGCAGACUAUUGGAACCCUUGUUCUGACUCUUGAAAGCACCCCCGAUGUUCUUCUCCACAUUGAGGCUGUCCUCAUGCCUGUCAUUAAGGUGACUCUCGAGAACAAGCUCUACGGUAUGUUUCCCACGAUGGAUUCCAAAACCCACACUAACUUGGCAGACCUGUACAACGAGGCUUUCGAAAUCAUUGACAGCUGCACCUUUACUGCCAAGGCCAUCUCCCCUAACAUGUGGCAAGCCUUUGAGCUCAUUCAUACAACCUUCAAGUCUGGUGCCGAAUUCUACCUCGAAGAUAUGCUACCUGCUCUAGACAACUUUGUCCAGUAUGGUGCCCCACAGCUGGCCCAGAAACCCGAAUACGUCCGGGCUCUCUAUGAGAUGGUCUCGGACAUGUUCACUGAUCCACGCCAGGGUGGUGUUGAGAGAAUAUGCGCCUGCAAAUUGGCCGAGGCUCUCAUGCUCAGUCUUCACGGAAACAUUGACCAGUACAUUGAGGGCUUCAUUUCCAUGGCCAUGACCGUCCUGUCUGCUCAACCUGACGUCAAGCCCAAGAGCUAUAAGAUUUACCUUGUUGAGAUGAUCAUCAACUGCAUCCACUAUAACCCUCUUCUCAGCCUCCAGAUUCUCGAGGCCAAAGGCUGGACAAACCGCUUCUUCAGCCUGUGGUUCGGCAGCAUGUCUUCCUUCAGCCGUGUUCACGACAAGAAGCUCUGCAUUGUCGCCAUUUCGGCCCUUCUCAAUCUUAACCACGAGCAGGUUCCUCCAAGUGUUGCUGUUGGCUGGCCGCGUCUGCUUCAGGGCAUCACGGAGCUCUUCCGCACUUUACCCGCCGCUCUCAAAAAUCGUGAAGAAGCUCUCCGCGAUGACCCCUAUUUCUCUACCAACUAUACCUAUGAUGAUGACGACGAGUGGGAUGAGGACGAAUCCAAGUGGGAGGCCGAGGAAGAGGCAGAGCCAGUCGUCGAGGAAGAGGCAGCCGAGGCCAAGGAGGAGAGCAAUGCCUAUCUCGAAUUUCUGCACGGCGAAGCCCAAAAGUUUAGCCGUGCUAUCGACGACGAUGAGGAGGAUGAGCUCAGAGAAGAUAGCGUCCUGCUCGAGUCGCCACUCGACAAGGUUGAGCCUUACCAGCUCUUCCGAGGCACACUUCUGAAAAUGCAACAAGAGCAACCCGAGUUCUAUAGUAGCCUCGCUGGUCAGCUGUCGCCAGAGGACCAAAGCGUGCUUCAGAGCAUUAUCGCCAAGGCCGAGACGAUUGCCGCACAACAAGCACAGCAGCCACCCAAUGGGGGUGCCAACUAG